AUGAUGAUAAAAGGUUUAACUUCGAUUAAAUUAUCAUCAACCUCCACGAGGUGUAUUGGAAGAACAUUUGCCCGUUCAUACCAAGUGGCUCAACCAGAUCCUUUUUUCAAAACCGAAUAUGACGAAAUAGACAAUUAUGGCAGUUAUAAAAACACUCGCUUCACUCACAAGUUACCUGAAACCACAGCACAACAAUCACCAUUAUUAGUAGCUUUACAUUCUCGUUUGAAUUUACCUAACAAAUAUGAACAUUCCACAUUAUCCCAAGCAUUAAAUUUAAUCAAAAACGAAGGAUUAGCUAAUAAUUUUGGUUUAAAUACUUUAGGUAAGAACCUUUUAACCUAUUACGUUUCAGAAUAUUUAUUGAUGAGAUACCCUAGAUUACCCAUUCCAGUAUUUAACGAAGCUAUCAAUGCAUAUAUGGGGGUAGAUAGUUUAUACGAAGUGGGGAAAAGUUGGGGGAUUGAAGCUGAUGUAACUUCUAAAUUGGAUAAACAUUUAUCACAAGAAAAUGAAUUAUUGAAAUAUGGUAGAUUAAGAUUCUUGGAAGAUAGUGAAAAGAGUAAAAUAACCGAAGAUGGGAUUGUAGAAUUAAAUGAAUAUGAAUCUAGAACCAUUCAAGGUAAUAAAUUCAUUUCUUCAGAAUCUGAAGCAUAUGCUUCAAGUGUUAGAUCUAUAAUUGGAGGUUUAUAUACUCAUUGUGGAGAAGAAAGUGCUAAAAAAUUCAUCUACGAUCAUAUAUUAUCACGUAAAGUUGAAUUUGAAUCCAUGUUCCAGUUCAGUAAACCAACAAGAGAAUUAACUAGAAUUUGUGAAAAAUUGAAUUUAACUGAACCAAUAUCUGUUAGAUUAAUUGCUGAAACUGGUAGAUUAUCCAGUCAUGCCAUUUAUGUCACAGGAGUUUUCGUUGGAAAUCAAAAAUUAGGUGAAGGUGUUGGAUCAUCCAUUAAUGAAUCAAAAACUAGAGCUGUUGUAAAUAGUUUAUUGAGUUAUUAUUUGUAUACUCCAAUUGAUGAGUCCGGUAACCCUAUCAAAUUACCAAGUGAUGUCAAUUAUAAGUUUGAAGGUAUAGUUGGUGAAGGGGACGUGGCUAUUUAG